UAUAAACGCACGCUCAGGUGCCGGCCAUAUAUAGAUGCAUGCGGACCGCUGUUCUCGUGCCGCAACGUUGAAUUAGAAAGUGUCGCUUAGGCCACUUCCGUUUGUGUUGCGCGAUAUCGCUGAGGUGCUCACUCCGCAAUCUCCCAACUUGUCUCAGCGUUUGACUUAGUGCAGACCAUACGCGCCCUUUCAACUGCACCUCCUUCACACCUCGUCCUUUCGUUGACGGUCAAACGCCUUCCUUGCUACGGUCCAGUCUGAGCACAACCAUCGCCUCCCACGCCCUAUAACUCCUCGCCAUUCGCAUCAGCAGUCUUAAACAGCAGUCAUGUCGAGAGUAGCCUUAGUACGGGAGUACAAAAUCGUCGUUGUUGGUGGAGGUGGUGUUGGGAAGAGUGCCCUUACGAUCCAGUUUAUACAAUCGCAAUUCGUUGACGAAUACGAUCCGACUAUCGAAGAUUCCUAUCGCAAGCAGUGCACCGUCGACGGAGAGAAUGCCGUUCUCGAUGUGCUUGACACCGCGGGACAAGAAGAAUACUCAGCGAUGAGGGAACAGUACAUGCGAUCUGGGGAAGGUUUCCUACUGGUGUACAGCAUCACGUCUCGAUCGUCCUUCGAUGAAAUUCAGACGUUCCACCAACAAAUUCUGCGAGUCAAGGAUCGGGAUUGGUUUCCCGUGACUUUGGUGGGAAACAAGUGCGAUUUGGAGGGCGAGCGGGUUGUCGGCACAGCGGAAGGAAGGGAGCUGGCCAGGCUCUUCAAGUGCAAAUUCAUGGAAACGUCUGCGCGCAGCAAGAUCAACGUCGACGAAGCAUUCUACUCAUUGGUUCGAGCGAUCCGUGACGAGAACAAGAAGACACCUGGAGGAGGCACGGCACCCGUGAAGAAGAAGAAGAAGACAAAGUGUCUCAUCAUGUAGACAGCCUUCACGAUCCCUCUUCCAUGCUACAUUCCGGAGGACUGUAUGCACGCGAGUCUGACCGCGACCUGUAGCGCUCCGCAACAGCGCUGAGGCAACUAUUUCCUAGCUGGCUCGGCUCUCUCUUCCCCUCAGAGGCCCCUCCCCCCAUCUUCUCGUAAACUCUCCCUUUCCCCACCCAUCCUCUGUUCCAUCUCUUGAUGUCUUUGCUGCCUGAUUUCCUCUUUAGAAGCCCACAUCACGGAAGCGGAUACCCGCUUCAAGAAUCGUGUAAGCGCCGAUGUAAAUUUUAAUAGAUCCUUAUUUCUUUUUCUUUGC